AUGUCUUCAUUAAGAAGAGAAGCUACUGUAUAUCAAGAUGUUAAUACAAUACCCGAACAAAAAGAAAAACUAAAAAAUAGAGAAGAGAAUCGAAAGCUCACAAAUCUUAGACAACUAUUAACUUUUUUAGAUAUUCCCAAUCCUAUAGUUGAUUAUUUGAUAUCAUUCAAUCAUCUUGAAACUGAACAAUUCAAUAGACCCCCUUUUACAACUCUUCAAGAAAAUUGUAAUUCUACAACUGCUUCUUUGAUAGUGAUUGGUUCUUCAGAGACCGAAUAUUGUAUUAAACAAUUCUUAUUGCUAUUAUCAGAAAAUAGUUAUUCGAUAUCAACUUCUUCGAUAAUAAUUUUUUCUGAAACUGAAGACCAUAGUAGACAACCCAUAGAACCUCUUUAG